AUGUCGACAAAUAUCGAAUCAAAACCAUGUCAAGCAAAUGAUAAUGGAAUGACUUGUGAGAAAGAUGCUAGAGCAAAAUGUUUCCAUUGUUCACGUAAUUUAUGUUUAACACAUUUAACUGAACAUGCCCAAUUACUUGAAAAUCAAACACGAACAUUUUUACAUUCUCAUGAAACAAUUUUAAAUGAUUUACAUAAUAAAUUUGAAUGUCUUUCAAUAUCAUCACGUAUAUUAGAAGAACCAUUUAUUCAACUUGAAAAAUGGCGUUUAGAUGCUCAUGAAAAAUUAGAUCAAUUAGCUAUACAAAAACGUCAAGAAAUUCAAAUAAAAAUAUCUGAAUAUCGAACUAUAUUCAAUAAGAAAACAAAUGAACAAAAACAAAAAAUUGAAUUAUUAAAAAAACGUUUAAAUGAUUUAUCUCGACAAGCACAAUUAGCCAGUAAAGAUAUUAAAUAUUUACAAGAUAAAAUGAAUGAAACACAACAAUUUUUGCAAUCAAUUGAAAAACAUUCAAUUAGAAUUUCUGCUUAUGACUUUUUUGUUAAUAUUCGUACACAUUUUUUUGAUACACAAUCAUCAAAAAUAACUCAACCAACAUCUCCAGUAGUUGCACAACCAAUUCAUUCUACAAGAAAUUCACGUCAAGAAAUUAAAGAACUUAAUGUGAGUAACAAUGGAAGUAAACAACGUUUCGAUAAAAAAAGAUCAUCAUCGGUUUCUUUAUUAGAAAAAAAGAAUUUAUUUUUGAAUUUGUAA